AUGACAACUACUAUCUCCAAGUUACACCCACCUAGCCCUGGUAGCUCCACAGCUAGUGGGCCUCUACCAGAUGGCCAACCUGUGAAACUGAAGAAGGAAGACGAACAAGAAUUGCCGGAGGAGAAGGCGAAGGUGGAUGUGCAGGAUGAGCGCAAAGCUGAGGUCGCUUCAAGUCACCCACACCAACAGCAGCAAGCCUCGGUCAUUCAGCAGCGCUCCAAUAUGUACAUGCAGCCACUCUACUACAACCAAUACUAUGUCCCCCCAUAUGGAUACCCGGACCAGGUUUAUCACAACCACCUCAUGAACACUAAUCCAACCUACAGGCAGCAGUAUGAGGAGAGGCAGAGACUUAUGGCAGAGCAGCACAGGUCUGCUGAGAAAAAGCCUGAUUUCGGUGUAAAGGACAGGGAAACCUCACUGAAGGAGGACUGGAAACAGAAGGGCCCUGUUCCACCAGGCCUAACAAAAGCCCCCAGCCUUUCAGACCUGGGAAAGCCACAGGCCACUGGCAAGCAGAGAGACACUUCCUCCGAACCUGUCAAGUCAGUGAUCAUCCCUAAAGGGGAGGAGGUCAAGCUACAGCCACAGCAGGCUGAGGGGCUUAAAAUGAAGCUUAGUGAAGCUGGCCAUCAUGGAAAGGAUGACUCAAAGGCAAGUGUAGAGUCUGCCAGGCUGGGUAUGGAGCAAGCCAUGUGGUACAGACAGUACUCUGACAGUCAGAGACCGCCAGAUGAGGAGCGAGACAGGGAGCGAGACAGAAAAGGCAAAGAGGAGAGGCCCAGGCCGAAAGACAGCAGCUCCAAAGAAGAUGGUAAAGAUGGAACUGAUGGUUCAUGUCCUCCCAACACUGAGGACCAUCGAAGCGGAGGGAAAGAUCCCCGGCCCAAUGCCCACAUACCUUUCAGCUCCCCCUUGACACAGCACCAACCCUACCUGCAUUACAUGCAUGGAUAUCCUUUUGGACAAAGCUACGAUCCCAACCAUCCUGGAUACAGAGGAAUGUCCUCCGUCAUGAUGCAGAACUACCCAGGGUCGUAUCUGCCAGCGGGAUACCCUUUCUCUCCUUACGGCAGUAAAAUGGGAGGUGGAGAGGAAGCAGAGAAAUCUCGCUCCAGCCCCACAGUCAGCAACAAGUCCGCUUCAGAGUCCAAAGCCUUGGACAUACUACACCAACAUGCCAACCAGUACAAGAGCAAAUCGCCUACCGUUGCCGACAAGCCCUCCCAUGAAAGGGAGCGAGGGGCAAGCGACCGAGAGCGGGAAAGAGAGAGGGAUCGAGAGAGGGAGAGAGAAAUGGAUCGGCCUCGAUCAUCUCCCUCCCAACGCCUAAUGCCACCCCACCACCACCACCAUCAUCUAGGCUAUCCCCUUGUAGCCGGGCAGUACGAUCUAUCUUACGCCACAGGCCUUUCAUCGUCAGCAAUUGUUGCCAGUCAGCAAGCCUCAGCCCCUUCCCUGUACCCACCAGCACGGAGGGAAACCUGAUUGUCUCGCCCUUCUUUACAAUUAAUCAUGUGACUGGAUCACAUGGGGAAGUAUAUGGAGUUCAUUUAGACAUCAGUUGAAUGGUGUUUCUAUAUUUUUAGUUUUUCUGCCGGAAUGUGUGGCAGAUUGAUGUUUUCCUAGUAUCCGUACCUCGUACCCCGCUACAGACCAGGUUUAAAGCCAUCCCGCCCUGCUCAAAGCCCAGCCGGCCACUGGACUCUUGCCUGUGAACUGGCGAGGAAUGAUUGAAAAGCAAGGACUGUCGUUGAACUCGCCCGACGCGGGCUGUGG